UCCCCGCCCACAAGCACUUGCAGCUUCUCUGACAUCAUUCUCUUCUCCUUCUUUAUCCUACGAAAUGGCUUUCCCCAACCGACGGCGACACCUCAUAUCGGUUUGAGAUGGGGAAAACUUCUCGGUGGUUUCGUGGGCUGCUAGGCUCGAAGAAGGCAUCGGCGCCUUCCGUUCCGUCAGAUACGAAGCCUUCCAAGGAGAAGAAGCGGUGGGGUUUCGUCAGAUCUUUUCGGGACAGGGAUCGAACGGAUCCGCCGUGUGCGGCGGCGGAGGGAUGGGAAAAGAACGAGUCUUACAGGGAGGGAUCAUGCUCGUACGGAGACGACGGACCAGACCCGAACAAGCACGCGAUAGCUGUGGCCGCGGCCACAGCCAUGGUGGCGGAGGCGGCCGUGGCAGCGGCGCAUGCCGCCGCGGCUGUGGUGGAGCUGACAAGCAGUGGGCGGUGCGCCGGGACGGCGCACGGUAGUGAGGACUGGGCGGCGGUUAAGAUACAAUCGGCUUUUAGAGGUUAUCUGGCCAGGCGAGCUUUAAGGGCGUUGAAAGCGUUGGUGAAGCUGCAAGCGUUGGUGAGAGGCUACAUCGUCAGAAAGCAGGCGGUGGAGACGCUACGGUGCAUGCAGGCAUUGGUUAGAGUCCAGACGAUGGUCCGAGCCCAUGCCAAUGGCCGCGCCCAUGGCUUGGAAAAUUCAAGUGUCAACAAGAGCUCCCAAAGCCAUCCUGGUCCUGCGACUCCAGAGAAAUAUGAACGUGCAAUCCGUGCUAGCUGUACCAAACAUGCUAAGUGUGCAACUCUGAAGAGGAGUGCAUCCAAGUCAAAUAGAAUGGAUGUUGUUGAUCACGACAGAAUUCAGAUGGGUCGGAACUUGUUUGAUCAUCGGACGGAUGAUCAUCGAGAAACCCCCAAGAAAGCAGGGGCAGUAGAAGAUGGGAAGAGCGACAAGAUCCUUGAAAUUGACCAUGGAAAACCAAACUUCAAUUCAAGACGAAAGAACAACAAUCUUCCCUCUUUGCCGUCCACCUUCAACAGUCACAGCUUUGUGACGUUGCCUGAUUCGCCGUCGAAAGACUCCACAACAGCUCAAUUAUCAAUUCCAAGCCCAUCUUCUGUUCAAAUGCAAUCGCCAGGCCCUCUAAGAUUCCCUGUUGAGGUGGAAGACUCAGUCUUUGAUACGGCCGAGAACAGCCCUCAAUUCUACUCAGCAUCCUCAAGGGCUGGGAGCAUGAGAAGAGGGCCGUUCACACCGUCGAAGAGCGAAUACUCGCAGAGCUUCUUUAGUGGGUACUCAGACUACCCAAAUUACAUGGCAGACACUGAAUCAUCGAGAGCUAAAUUUCGGUCUCAGAGUGCGCCCAAGCAGAGGCCGGAGUUUGAGAAAUAUAGUUCGACAAAGAGGUUUUCCAUUCAUGGUUUUGGGGAUACAAAGGUGGGUGCUGGAUGCAGGCCAUCGUCGCAGAGAUCAUCAUCUUUGCACGCUAAGUUCACGAGCAAGGCAUAUCCUGGCUCCGGCCGAUUGGAUAGAUUAGGAUUGCCGAUCCAUGAAGUAGCUGGGUACAAUGGUACAAACCACAGCAGAUACUAGAAUCGUAUACAUGGAUCGUAUGUUUUCUUUUUCUUGUUUCCUUUCUACCGUUGUGAAACUAACAUCUCACAUAGUCAUCUUGUCUUAUCUUCCAAGGAAAAAAAAAGUUGUUUUUGGUUGCUGUUACUCUAUGAUUGUAACUUGAUGCUGUUAUAUUGUUGUAAUGGCUCACCUAUCAGUAUUUAUACCCCAAAGUGUAAGACGAUCUGGACCUUAGAAUUCUGCAAUUUUCUCUGCCUUUUCA